UGGUGAUGAGGAUGAGGAUGGUGGUGAUGAUGGUGAUGAUGAUGGUGAUGAGGAUGAUGAUGGUGGUGAUGGUGAUGAGGAGCAUCAUUAUGAAAGUUUAUACUAGCGUUAUUUUUCAAACGAGAGACAACUGACUGAUGUUUUCUUGGUGUUCGGCGCCUGGUGAUGCUGGAAGCCGCAGUGUUUGUUGUCGGUUGCCAUGACGUUAGGAUGCUGAAGCCGUUGCCGGGUGACGGGAAGCUUCCACAGAAUAAAGACCUGAAAUAUGUCGCUCAGUCAGGCGUGUUUAAAUCUGAUGUGGGCUGAUGGACAGUUUAGCAAAGACUUUUUCCGUUUGCGUUACUCGACUGCGUAGCAUUAGCAUGAGCUGGCGGCAAACAGCUGUGGAUCUCCGGCCUGAUGGGACGCGUGUCGCUGUGAAUCAUCCCUUUCUAGUGCUCUACUCACACACUUUAACCCUUUAGUGGCUGUGUUUACACACACACACACACACACACACACACUGCAGAAUUAGUGUUUGAUGCCUUGUUAAAGUUUAAAAAAUGAUCUUUCUGGCAUCAUCUGUCCUGUCUUAUUGAUUUGAUAUUCUGAGAAAAGUCUAUAGGGAUGGUAUUUUAAGUCAGUGGGGCCCUGUGAUGUUUGGCUCUCAACGUCUUCUGUGUUUCUUCUUCAGGUUUGAGCGAUAAAACGAUGACAGAAUAAUGAUUUCUGAUCAAAUCAAUUUUGGAACCAUCAAGUGGGUAGUUUCUCCAAAAAUGAAUUACUUCCCUUCACGCCGUUCCAAAUCUCAAGACCUUCCGUCAUCUUCAGGACAUGAAUUAAGAUGUAUUUGUUGUCUUUGAGCACAAAAAGUAAUCUUGUAGCUUCAAUAAAUGACGUUGAAGCACUGAUGUCUCAUGAAGUAUAUGAGUCCUGAUGGUCUUUCUAGGUUUCUGUCAGAAACUCAGAGUUCUUCUAAAUCUUAAUUUGUGUUCUUAAGAUGAACGAAGGUCUUCUGGGUCUGAAACCACAUGAGGGUCAGGGAUUAAUGACAGAACACUCUUUUUUGGGGGAUGUCGGAGGACGCGGUGCGGCAGACACGCAGUCAGAAGCGUGCUCUUGAGCGGGAAUCUCUGCCCGCCGACGGCAAGCGGAUGAAGCUGGACGCCUCUCGAUCGGCCCCGGACUCCAGCAUCCUGAGGGCCACCAUCAAAGUGGAGCUGCAGACCGGAGACGAGCCCAUGGACAUGAGCAGCACCGCCAUGAAGAGCGAGCCACGGUCUCCCACGCCUGAUGAUGUCAUCGUUCUGUCGGACGAGGCGCCCAGUCCUCAGAAGAACGUAAGGAAUCACGUCCGAGAGCUGGACACCGAUCUGCUGAUGAGGAGCUCUCCGGAGCAGCGCGAGCGCAUCGUGAAACAGCUGAAGCAGGAGCUACGUUUAGAAGAAGCCAAACUCAUCCUGCUCAAGAAACUUAGACAGAGCCACACACACAAAGACUCCGGAGCACAGAAGACGACCGCUCCUGUGUCCAGCACUGUCCCUCCUCUGGUCAAGAGAUCUACUGCUGGGAAAGCUACACCACCGGUGAUCUCCGCUCGGCCUUCUGGGACGGUCAAUCCUCCUCCGCUGUCCAAACACAGCGGUCAGAUCAUCAUGCCUCCGCUGGUCAGAGGAGCUCAGCAGUCGAUCUCGGUGUCGUCGCAGCAGAUCUCCAGCCUCAGACAGCAGCAGAACUCUUCCUCGGGGCCUCCUCCCCUGCUCCUCGCUCCCAGAGCCGCGGUCAGCAGCGUCCAGGGACACAAGAUGGUCCAGCCCGGCCUCAUACGCAUGACCACUCUCCCCAGCACAGGUCUGCUGCUCAGCAUCAGUCAGGCCGCCGGAUCAAACCUGAAGUCUGGGUCGGUCGUGACGAGCAUCGCUCAGAGUCCGGACGGCCGGCAGGCGGCUAAACUACUCCUGCGCAAGCAGCUGGAGAAGACUCUGCUGGAGAUCCCUCCGCCAAAACCUGCCGGCCCCCAGAUCACCUUCCUGCCCUCGGCGGCCAAUAACGAGUUCAUCUACCUGCUGGGUCUGGAGGAGGUGGUGCAGAACCUGCUGGAGUCUCUGGGCCGAGGUCAGCAGGGUCUGUACGCUGGUUUAGCGGUCAGCACCGGAGAGCCCCGCAGCUGCUCUCAGUGUCAGACGGACUUCACCUGCCGCUGGCGCCGGGACAAGGGCGGAGCCGUCAUGUGUGAGCAGUGCAUGUCGUCCAAACAGAAGGUGGCGCUGAAGGCGGAGCACACCACUCGGCUGAAGGCGGUGUUCGUCAAGGCUCUUCAGCAGGAGCAGGAGCUCAAUCAGCGCGUGCUGCAGCAGGCCACGCCCCCAGCCUCUUCGUCAUCCUCCUCCUCCGCUCAAGGGAUGAAGAUGGAUCAGGUCAAAGUUCGCUCCUCCUCUUCAGCUCAGAGCGUGGGCCGCUCCUCAGCAGCGGUCAAACAGGUGUCUCAGAGUGUGUCUGCUCGUAGCCUGCAGACGUCUGCGAUCCGUGUGGUUCCUCACACCUUCUCCCCGUCCUCUCAGCUUCAGAACGCCGUGGCGGCCGCCGCUCUGGUCAGCAGGCCAGGUAAGCAUGCAGAGCGUCAGGGGUCAAAGGUCAGCCGCAGCAGAGGCAGCAGCAGCGUGAGGAAACGGAGCAGCAGCGCAGCAGGAGUGACCAUGGCCUAUGUGAAUCCCAGUCUGUCGGUCCAGAAGCCGUCUUCGGUGGAGCGUCACAGGGAGUAUCUGCUGGACAUGAUCCCGUCACGCUCCGUCUCACAGACCGCAAACUCCUGGAAGUAGAACCAGGUUCUGGAUUCAUCCGGUUUCUGCAGGUUUCUUCACUCAAGGGCUCAGUCUCUGACCGUCACUUCACUUCCUACCAAAAACACCAGAGACGCUUCGUGUGCUUCUGUUACAGCUUGGGCUUGUGUCAUUGUGUAAGAGAGUGUGUGUGUGUGUGAGUGUGUGUCUGUGUGUGUGUGUGUGUGUGUGUGUGUGUGUGUGUGUGUGUGUGUGUCUGUCUGUGUCUGUGUGUGUCU